AAAUUGCUCAGCGCAGUCCUUGUCAGCGGAUCAUUGCAUUGGGACAUGGCGCAAGGAAAUAAUUAUGGGCAAAGCAGCAACGGGGUGGCUGAUGAAUCCCCAAACAUGCUGGUGUACAGAAAGAUGGAAGAUGUCAUAGCACGCAUGCAGGAUGAGAAAAAUGGGAUUCCUAUUCGUACAGUCAAAAGUUUUCUUUCCAAGAUUCCCAGUGUCUUUUCUGGUUCAGACAUUGUUCAGUGGUUAACGAAGAAUUUAGCUAUAGAAGACCCAGUGGAAGCUCUACAUCUGGGGACGUUAAUGGCAGCUCAUGGCUAUUUCUUUCCAAUCUCAGACCAUGUUCUAACACUAAAGGAUGAUGGCACCUUUUACCGGUUCCAAACGCCCUAUUUUUGGCCAUCAAAUUGCUGGGAGCCGGAAAACACAGAUUAUGCUGUUUACCUCUGCAAGCGAACAAUGCAAAACAAAGCACGUCUUGAGCUAGCAGACUAUGAAGCAGAGAGUUUGGCCAGGCUACAGCGAGCAUUUGCCCGGAAAUGGGAGUUUAUUUUUAUGCAAGCUGAAGCACAAGCAAAAGUGGACAAGAAAAGAGACAAAAUAGAAAGAAAAAUCCUCGAUAGCCAGGAGCGAGCAUUUUGGGAUGUACACAGACCAGUGCCUGGAUGUGUAAACACUACUGAAGUGGAUAUAAAAAAGUCUUCAAGAAUGAAAAAUCCUCACAAAACAAGAAAGUCUGUCUAUGGAUUACAAAAUGACAUUCGAAGUCACAGUCCUACCCACACACCGGUACCAGAAACUAAGCCACCCACAGAAGAUGAAUUACACGAAGAGAUAAAAUAUUGGCAAAUACAGUUAGAUAGACAUCGAUUAAAAAUGUCAAAAGUUGCAGAGAGUCUUUUAGCUUACACAGAGCAGUAUAUCGAAUAUGAUCCGUUUCUUGUGUCGCCUGACCCCUCUAACCCUUGGCUAUCUGAUGACACUACUUUCUGGGAAUUAGAGGCCAGCAAAGAGCCAGGACAACAGAGGGUAAAGCGAUGGGGCUUUGGCAUGGAUGAAGCAUUGAAGGACACAGUGGGGAGAGAGCAGUUUCUCAAAUUCCUGGAGUCAGAAUUCAGCUCGGAAAACUUAAGAUUCUGGUUAGCAGUUGAAAAUCUGAAGAAGAGACCUAAUCGUGAAGUACCUGUUCGAGUCCAGGAGAUCUGGCAGGAGUUUCUUGCCCCUGGAGCUCCCAGUGCCAUCAAUCUUGACUCAAAAAGUUAUGACAAAACCCAACAGAAUGUAAAGGACCCAGGAAGAUACACAUUUGAAGAUGCUCAGGAGCACAUUUACAAACUGAUGAAAAGUGAUUCCUAUCCUCGUUUUCUACGAUCCAGUGCCUACCAGGAGCUGCUACAGGCCAAGAAAAAGUUGGAAAACACACUGGAUCGUCGAACAUCUUUUGAGAAAUUCACACGCAAUGUGGGCAGAAACAUCCCUAUUUUUCCAUGCCAUAAAAACUGUACACCAACACUGAGGGCGAGCACUAACCUGUUAUGAAAAGAGGGGAAAUCGCUCACGUCAAAGAGGUUAACCAGUCUAGUGCAGUCCUACUAAAAGGAUCAUCCUUGUAGCAUGGAAGCAGACUCAAAUCAUUAUACAUAUUUGUAGCUCACUGAUUGCCUGAAUCAGAGGAGAGUAGAACAAGAUGUUGCAUGAGCAAGGACCUGACUUGUUUUCUUUUGUGUAUACUAAGGCAUUACAGACUCCGAGGGACUCUAACCUUUCGAUGCCUCCAUUUCGAAAAUUGUCUGCUCACUUCCUCCUUCAUAUCAAGCUGGAUCUGUGUCAUUUUAUUUUCUGCAAGCUCAAGUACAGUGAAAAAAAAAAGC